CUUAGACUUGGUCACUUCGCAGUGUCGGAAAGCAGGUUGUAAAUCGUUCUGCAGAAUUUUCUCAGUGUCCCGUUCUUUUCCCAUACAGUGAAAAGUUUCUUAUUCCAUUGCAGUAUUUGAAUAACAACAACAAAUAUGAGUCAAGUUAGCACAAAAACCAGCAAAACAACUCGAAGGAGUAGAAGAGGUCCAAGGAGUAGUAUUCGUAUGGGGUCUCAAUAUGGUAUGUCUAUGGCAACUAAUGUCCGUGCUGCACCAAUUUCUCUGGCCUCUGGAGUGGCAGCACAAUCUUCCCAAAGAAGUGUUGCUGAAAUGAAAAAUAGCAGCCAAAAGGAAAAGAAAGAUCUGCAAGGUUUGAAUUGCAAACUUGCCGAAUUCCUUGAAAAAACACGUAUGCUGGAGGCUGAGAAUAAACAUCUUAAGGAACUCUUAAAUAGAUCUCAAGUUGAAUUUAACAUUGAUGUGAUCAAAAUAUCAUACCAAGAGCAGCUGGAGGACUUAAAAGGAAUCAUCGAAGACAAGGAUAAGGAACUUGCAGCUGUAAAGUCCAAGAAUGAAUCGCUUGAAGAAGAAGUCGAAGAUUUGACUGAACAGUUGCGCCAAGUGCAGGACGAAAGAGACAGACUGCAAGCGGAAAUCGAUGGAUUACACGAUGAAGUUGCCCAACGCAUUGCAGACAGCGAAACCAGCAGAAGGAGGACAAAUGAAGUGGAGAAGCAACUUGCAGAUUGGAAGAAGAGAUAUGGCAUUCUUGAGGCUCAAAUGGCCGAACUUAGAGCGAACUUACAAAGCGAAACUACUCAAAGACUGGAAUUAGAAAACCGUCUGGCGAUGCUGGAAGAAGAACUUGCUUUCCUCAACGACGUCCAUAGUGCCGAAUGCAAAGAAUACCAAGCAAUGUUAUCCAAAACACAGAAGGUGCCCGAUUUCCAAGAAACAUGGAAGGCCGAAAUUGGAGGUAUGGUUGCUGACUUAAGCGCUGAAUAUGAGGCUCAGUUGCAGGAAGCUACUAGGGCGAUGGAAUGUCGACAUGCAGAACAGUUACAGAAACUGAAAGCAGGGGCCAGGCCCGAAUCGGCUGCUAGAGUCUCGACUGAAAACAGGCGUUCACGUAUGGAAGCAAGCGAUAUGUCGGGUCAAGUAGGCGCAUAUGAAGGUCAGAUAUCACAGUUGAAAAGUACAAUAAGAGGUCUAGAAAUUGAAUUGGAGGAAGCCCUGAACGGACGAGCAACUGAUGCUGCGAACUACAACCAAGAGAUUCUUAGCCUGCGUUCAGAGUUGGAGUCAAUGUUGAAGGAAUUACAAGACUUGAUGGAUACUAAACUGUCCCUGGAAUUGGAGAUUGCAGCGUACCGCAAACUCCUUGAAGGAGAAGAGAGCAGGGUGUCUUCAAUGAUGACCAGUUUUAGUGGACGUCAAACAGAGGCUGAGUCUGCACUAGCAGCUGCACUCGGAGCAGCAAGUAAAGUGACUAUGAGUCGCUCUACAACCGGCAAUGUGGGCAUCGUGGAAUUAGAAACCGGAGGAAAAUACAUUGAAAUUGAGGACCUUACUAAGUCCGCAAGGAGCCCAACUAACAUAAAGAACUGGACAUUGACCCAAAGGCUAGAAAAUGGCAAGACCAACGUCCAUACAUUUACCAGUGGUGAUGUGUUUUCUGUUGGUAAAAAUAUGGUCAAAGUUUGGGGAUCAAAACACGGUUCUGGUCAAGGUGGCAUUGUAUCAUCAGUCGCUGAAUGGUCUUCAAUGGCCUUGGCAUCGACAAUUACUUUGAAAGACGACAAGGGCAAGGAAAGCGCUGUCCUCACGAUCAAAUCGAACGCAUGAACGAUGUAGUUUUCCUGCUGAACUUGUGUGCAUUUUGUCUCAGCUGAAAAGUUUUUGCUAAAGUUAGCACCAAGUUUCACGAAGUCACAUUUUUCCCAUAAUGAUAAUAAUUUCAGUAAAAUAAUCCUUCUAAAGUAAACUUCUAACCUCUUCAAAUUUUCUGUUUUAAAUUGUUCACGUGAUUAUCUAGAAUUUACGAUCAUUAAAAAGUAUGAGGAAAACAGUUUUCAAGACAAUUUAUUUUGCAACACGGCUACAGAAUUAUCAGAUUUUAAGAAACGUUUCAACUCGAUACUUUGUGUAAUCAUGAUUUCAAUAAAGGCUUCCAUCCUAGUUACCUAGGUGCUAUGACAAACAAUGUA